UAGCUCAUUGUUUAUACAAUAGAAUAACAUGUGAAGGAACAAAGUUAAACAAAAUUUUGCUUAAAAAAUUUGUGCAGAAAUUUGAAAGAAAACAUCUCUCCAAAACUUUAAUUAUGGACACAAUUGAAUUUAAAAGAUUACCACUCAAUGUCGACGAAAUUAAACCUGGCGACAGUAUACGAUAUAUACAGCAACUCCAAAAUAUGGAACUUGAAAUAAAACAUGUUGAGCAUAUAAUUCAACAUAUAAAAGUCAUAAUAGACAAAGAAUUGCAUUUGGAAGGACAAUGUAAUGAUGACCGCCAUGGGGUCUAUCCCACACACUUUAAUCAAAUCACAGUGAAUAUGUGUUUUCGUCUCUACUAUCAAUUGCUGCACAAAUAUAAUAUUCCGGAUAAGUAUUUUAGCCCAUACAUACUACCUAAGGACUGUUGUGAAGGGAAACGACAGAACUUUAUUGUAUUGUACUAUGUUCUGUUGACAGCCCAGGAGGAGGUGCUUGUGGUGGAACCAGAGGAUACGAAAACCAAAUGCUUGGAGGCAUUUGCUGAGGCUGUGAAUAGCAAUGACAUGGCCCUUUUGGAUAUUUUAAAGACCCUCAACUUGGUAUAUAAGAAAUGGCCCCAUUUGGAUGUGGGCAGCAACUUUUCCUUGGAUCAUGUGUACUUUUGUCUACAAUCCAAUCAAUUGGGUAUGCGAGAUGAGAUGCUGACAUUUCUGCAACAUGUUUGCUCGAACCGAGAAACAGCUUUAGACUAUUUUGUACGAAUUGUUAAUUUUUGGCCUUGGACAUAUCGCAACAAGCUAUACAUGCUUAUGUCUAUACUUAACAAAAACUCUUUGGAAUAUCUUCUAAUGAAGAGUGGCCACUCUGAAAAGGAAUUCUUUAAAGGGUUGCGUUCUACGCUGUGUUAUAAAAAUUUAUUACCCUCCAGCCAACAUGUAGUAAAGGUCUUGAGUGCACAAAGAUCCAAGGCUUUAAUACAAAUGUGUGCAGAAGUUCUAGUAAAUGGUACUCUGCAAGAGAUAAAGAACCUUAAUGCCCAAUGGUUUUCUCGCCUGCAACAAAAGGAUGAUCUUUUUCAAUUGAUAUGGAAGAGUAUGGAUAUGGAACAGAAAUUUGUUACAGGCAAAUUUUACCAUGAUGAUGAGGGAGCCAAUUUUCGUUUCAUCCUAAUCUGUAGCAUGUUUUCCAAGGAAAUUUAUCAAUUAUCACAAAAACAUUUUAUGUCUCUUAGCAAUGAACUCUUGAAAAUUUGCUGGACGUUCGAUUUGGAUACACAACUCGUGAUUUAUAAAUUUAUUCUGGACAACUUGGCAAAUUUAAACAUUGAGGAUUGUAUGGAUUUUUUCACAAAGUUCUCUCAACUCCAUAUGACUGUUGAAAACGCACAAUUUCGAAACACCAUUCUGGGAAAAAUGCCUAUAAUAAUAAAUCACAUAGCCAAAUUGUUUUGUAAAUUAAGCAAAGAAGAUAUGUUAGAGUCGACUUUGGCAAAGAAAAUUGUGGCUUACUUUUCAAAUAUGCAAAACGAAGUGGAGGAGGGUAUUGCCAGCAGCAUUUAUCAACCAAAGAUAUUCUCCCUCAAACUCUUGGAGAUUCUCAUCAACUCACUGUACGGCGAAGUAGUAACAAAGAACUCCAAAAAUUGCUGUCUAAAGCAGAACCAAGUACUGGCGGAGUUCUUGAAACAACACCAACUGUUUGAUGGACCAAAUGUCAGCUUAACUCUGAUGAGGCUUCUUAACGAUCCCACAGGCUUUGAUGAUGCUUUGGAUUUAACUGUAAAACUCUUGGGCAUGAUAAAACCAGCUGAAGAGACAAUUGUUAGCCAAGCCUUAGAAAUGAGUGAGAAAUGUUGCACUUUAAGCGAUGUGGAUGUAGCUAAUCUGUGUUGCCUAUACGCCAGAGUUGCGGUGCAAAAUGAGAAUGAGAAUGAGCCUAUUAUUGGCUUAUUUGAAAACACUUUGGGAGGCCUGAAAUCCAAGUUGUUACCUUUCCAAGAGGAUCCUUUCUUUGCAUGCAAAACAAAAGGUGAUCAUUUAUUUAGUUCCCUUAAUGUAAUCAAUGAACUUGUGCAGCAUAAAGCCAAACUUUUCCUAGCAGCAUUUCCUACUCUGCUACAGAUAACGGAAAACAUUGAGGAGAUUAUUCUGCAAAUGCUUAAUUUUUGUAAUAAACAUGACGAAGGCAAAGCUCAGUGUGCAGCUUCAUUUGAGGAUAUAGAUAAGAGCUUGGAAAUGUUGGUGGAUACGAGUAAAUGUGCCAGCAAUGAUCAUGAACAUGCUCGCAAAUAUCUUCUCAUGUCGUUUUGGCUGACACUUAAAGCUUGCUGUGAGCUGGCAGCCUCAAUGGGUCAAUUUAUAGUUAGCUCUAACACUAACAUUGAGUCGAGGUUGUUGUUUCUGCAACGUUGUAUACAGGUUAGUGAAAAUGUCCUAACUAAAUGUCGCCACAAAGGAGCCAUUGAAGCGGCAGGAGUCACCAUUGGCCAGCUUACCAAAUGCAUCACCACACAUGUCUCGCAGCGCAAUGAAGAAUAUGAGCUGUUGCAUAAAUGCCUGCAGAGCCUUUAUGAUGAUAGUGGAAAAAAGGAUGUCAGUACUACAAGAAGGGGAGCUGGCUUUUCCAUAAUGUUCUUGCACAUAGUAAAAAAUGAGGCAAAUCGCAGUAGGCCACUGUUGAGGAAAGCCAUGAAAAGUCUUUUAGCAGCUGCCCCAAAUAAUGCCCACAAUUCUAGCUCUAACACCAACUGUGAUCGCAGUGAGGCUUUACAUUUGCACUUUCUUUGCGUUCUAGUGAGAGAUACCGAGUUGAGAGAGGCUAUGUCCAAAUACCACAAUGAAAUUAUGAUGGCUGCCGUAAAGCAUAUUGAUCACACCGAAUGGACUAUACGCAACGGGGCUUUACAAUUGCUAGGGGCUUUAGUGCCCAAAAUUGUAGGCCAGCGGCAGGCUACAGAAUUCGAAGAGUCCUUAUUAUGGGAACCUUCGGAAGUAACAUUUUGUGAAGUUACGCGCAAACUAGAUAAGUCUUAUGCAUACAUACUCAAAUAUUGUCUAGCUGAAAAGGCUGCCACUGGCUCCAUUAUAUUGUUUUUGGAGUUCUUGCACAAGGUGGAAUACAUUCAUAAGAAUGAAGUUAUUGCCCCCGACAGUGUUCAAGAAUUUCGAAAACUUAUAUGGGUUCUGCUACGACAUCCUUGUGAGAAAGUUCGCAAACUAGCCUCAAAGUGUUUUGUAAGGUCGCACGAAUUUAGCUAUGAGCUGCCAAAUGCUUUGGUACAAAUUGCCCAAAUAUUGUUUCAAAUAAAAAAUGAAAACUUCUUUGAGGGAUUGGUACAGACACUACAUCAUGGUGUUUUGAAAUUACAACAUGAUUUGAAAUACGUUGUCACCGAUGAGGAUUUGGAUCUAAUCUUACAACAGAUUGAGAAAACACUGGAAGAAAGAUUUUCUCUUCAACAUCGCUAUAAAUUUUACACUUUGUGUAAACUGUGGGAUCUUUUGCAAUUGCUGAACUUUGACACAAACUCAUCUGUAUUAAAUGAGUUAAGAAGUUUAACUUUAAACGAUAAUGAAUAUCCCUUUGCCUAUGAUUUGUGGCUGAAUAGAAUACAAUAAGGUAGGCUGUGAUUCUGCUGUAUCUACUGUGGACACAUGAAUAUUUAUUUUUAGUUUAAAAGCGUAUCAAUUUGUAAUUAGUAAAUGUACUUUUUAAUGAUAAAUAAAUAUUUUAUAAAAAAACUCAAAAUUAUAUAUUUUUAUUUUUUUUU